AUGCCUCAAGCAGACUGUACAGUACUAUACAGCCAAAAAAACUCCAGUUUAUGCCUGUUUUCUGGAUUUAUCAAAGGCUUUUACACAAUAAGAUAUGAUGUGCUCUGGACAAAGUUAAGGAAGGAGACUGAUAUAUCCUGCGAGGUUGUAUCUAUCCUGGAAUACUGGUACUACAACCAACGGAAUGUUGUGAAGUGGGCGGGCACGCACUCAGAAAUGUACGGGUUGGACAGUUUGUUGAAGCCCAAGGGACUCAGAUACAACUCGAAAAAGAGUGAAUUCCUAGUCUUUAAGGCCGGCAAGAAAGUCUAUGCGAAUGUGCCACAUUUAUAUCUUGGAGGUGUUGCUUUAAAUAGAGUAGAACGUUUUAAAUAUCUGGGUCACUGGGUUUCGGACAACCUCAGUGAUAAUGAGGAUUUGGAGCGAGAGCGCAAGGCGCUGGCCGUGCGCUGCAAAAUGCUGGCCCGAAGUAUCUUUUUUUUUGUCCAGGACAUCAAAGAAGAACUCAACAAGAAGAAUCAAGACGACAGUGAUGCUUUGGAAAAUGUCCUCACGUACGUCGGCGAGUUCGGCCGCUACCAGAAACUGUUGUUCCUGGGCAUGAUGCCAUUUGGCAUUUUCUUUGCCUUCGUCUACUUUGUGCAGAUGUUCAUCACUGCUACUCCGCAGCGGCACUGGUGCAAAGUGCCGGAAAUUGAGCAUUUGGAUGUUGAAAUCAGACGUAAUCUUACGGCGCCAGGGACGGGGGACGACUGGGAGCGCUGCCUGAUGUACAACGUGAACUGGACCCAUGUGCUGAUCAACAACAGCGUCUCACCAAACACGCCCACCAUGCCCUGCAAGGAUGGCUGGGAGUUUGAGUUCAAGGAUAUCCCCUAUCCGACGGUAGUUAGUGAGCGCGGGUGGGUUUGUGAAAAUGCAGGCAAUAUACCCCUCACACAGACCAUCUUCUUCGCGGGCUCCUUCGUUGGUGGGAUAUUUUUUGGCUGGGCGGCGGACUACUUUGGCCGAGUCCCGGCUAUGAUUGGUGCCAACGCAAUGGCUAUCGUCGGCGGCAUAGCGAGUAUCUACACGACGGGUCUAUGGGAUUUUGCUUUUGCAAGAUUUAUCGUGGGAACGUCGUACGACAGCUGUUUCAUGACCUUGUACAUUUUAGUGCUCGAGUACGUGGGUCCGCGGCACCGCACGUGGGUCGCGAACAUGUCCAUAGCGCUGUACUUCGGCUGCGGCGGCCUGGUGCUGCCGUGGGUGGCGCUGUGGGUGGGCGACUGGAGGAAACUGCUCUGGGUCACCUCCUUGCCCAUGCUGGUGGUCGCCUUCGUACCCUUCACUGUGCCGGAAAGCGCUAGGUGGCUCGCGUCUCGUGGACGAAUCAAUGAUGCCGUUAAAGUUCUGAAUAGAUUCGAAAAAGUGAACGGAACAAAAAUACCAGAGGACGUCAUGGAUGAGUUUAUCGUCUCCGCAAGUCAAACGCGGCAAACAAACGAGUCGAUCUGGGACCUGUUCCGCAGCGGUCCUCUGAGGAAGGUGAUGAUUCUCAUGGUACUCGUAUACAUGGCGUGUGCGCUCAUCUUCGACGGCCUGGUGCGCAUGUCGGAGGGUCUCGGGCUGGACUUCUUCAUCACCUUCACUCUCACCUCCGCAACUGAGAUACCUUCCGUCACCUUGGUAGCCUACAUCCUCGACAAAUAUGGUCGACGGAACCUCACGUGUGGGCCGAUGGCGAUGUCUGGAAUACUUAUUUUAAUUGCCGUAUUUGUUCCUAAAGGUGUCCCUCAAGUGACACUCGCGAUCAUGGCGCGGUUUUUCAUCAACAUGGCGUACAACGUGGCGGUACAGUGGUCGGCGGAGCUGUUGCCGACGCCGGUGCGCGCGUCCGGCACCUCGCUCAUACACGUCAGCGGCUACAUCGCCAUACUUGUGUCGCCCUUCGUCGUCUACUCGGAACGUGUAUGGCGGUCACUACCGCUACUCAUUUUGGGUAUAACCGCUAUAUUCGCGUGUACUAUAGGAGUUAUGUUGCCGGAGACAAACGGCCGGCCGAUGCCGCAGACUAUAGAGGAGGGAGAGAAAACUGUUAACAAAUACUCUUUAUGCGGAAAAGUGGAAGACAUAGACGAGAACCAAGAGGAAAAUGAAAAGGAAAAAGCGUUGAUUACUUAG